GCACUUCCGGUUCGCCCAGCUAGGGGCCUCUUCCCUAGGGAGAGCACCAGAGAGUCACCACUUAACCUCCCGUAGCCUAGAACGGCUCCAGGCGAGGUUUGGGGGCGGAGCCACCUGUGCCUUCCGGUUCCGCACGCUGCGUCCCCACGUGUUCGGGACCUGUCUGGCCCUGCGCUGCCCGGAUCCGGCGCUGCCGCUUGGCUCCGGGGUGGGUGGGAGAGAGCCUGGGGAGGAACCGCCGGAGCUGCCGGAGCCUUCCUUUGGGAGAACUCCCUUCUACAGGUUUCCAGUCAGACCGGGAAAUGGCACGGUGAACUCCAGCUGUACUUAGGCAAGCUCCAAAGCCAAAUAAUGGCCACAGUGCUGGAGCCCGAGGACCAGGACCUCUGGGAGGAGGAGGGAAUCUUAAUGGUGAAGCUGGAAGAUGAUACCAUUUGGAGGCCAGACCCGCAGCAGGAUGAUGCUGUGCUCGAGACUUCUCAGAAUUUCCGGAGAUUCCGCUACCAAGAGGCAUCAGGGCCCCGGGAGGCCCUGAGCCGGCUCCGGGAGCUUUGCCAUCAGUGGCUGAGGCCGGAAAGGAGGACAAAGGAGCAGAUCCUGGACUUGCUGGUGCUAGAACAGUUUCUGACUGUUCUUCCUGGGGAACUGCAGAGCUGGGUGCGGGGGCAACGGCCAGAAAGUGGCGAAGAAGCAGUGACACUGGUGGAGGGUUUGCAGAAACAGCCUAGGAGACCAAGGCGGUGGGUGAGGAGGGGGAGUCCUGAUCUGUGUGAUUUGGAGGAGGAAAGCUUGAUGGUGACGGUCCAUGUGCAUGGCCAGGAAGUCCUCUCAGAGGAGACAUCAAGUCUGGGAGAAGACCUGGAGUCACCAGUCGAACAGCCGGAGCCUGUGCACACCCCAUCCCUGGAGGAGUCCCAUGAGGAGUCACAUGAGGAAGGGCCCCAGAGCCCAGAUCUGAGCGGGGAAGAGCAGAGCCAGUGCCUCGAAGAGGAAGCCCAGCCCCUACAGGAGAGCGGCCUUCCUGUCCCCCAGGACCAUGUCCUUCCUGAGGAGGGAAGCAAUGGAGACCAGGAGAUGGUUAACCUUCUUACAGCCAUAUCCCAGGGGCUUGCAACUUUUAAGGAUGUGACUCUGUCCUUCUCCCAGGAGCAGUGGGGUGAACUGGAUCCAACACAGAAAGAAUUCUAUGGAGAAUAUGUCUUACAGGAGGAUUGUGGCAUUGUAGUCUCACUAACGUUUCCAAUCCCCAGACUAGAUGAGGUCUCCCAGGUGGAAGAGGAGGAAGAAUCUUGGGUCCCUGAUUUGGAAUAUCCACCAGAUCCUGAAGAAACAGAGAUUCUGAGUUUUACCUAUACAGGUGAUAGGAGUGAGGAUGAGGAAGAGUUUCUUGAACAAGAAGAACUCAAUAUUGAAGACUUGCAAAGAACUAUUUUGGGAAGUCCAGAAAUUUCCCAGAAUAUUGAUUGGGAACUACUCUUUGAGGAUGAGCCAAGUAGCCCUAGUGAAAGGAGAAUGAGUACGAGUUUUUCUCCAACACAUAAUUUCAUGAACCUUCAAGAAAACUUACAAUUCCAUCCACUAUUAGGAAGAUCUCACGAGUGUCCUGUGUGCAGGAAAAACUUCAGUUGCAACUCUCAUCUUAUUAGGCAUCUCAGAACCCAUACAGGAGAGAAGCCUUAUAAAUGUCCUGACUGUGGAAAAAGUUAUACUCGUAGCUCACACCUUGUCAGACAUCAAAAGAUCCAUAAGUUACAAGGACCAUUUACAUUUCCUCAUAGCAGGGACAGAUUUGAUGAAAUCUCUCAGUCAUUCCGACAUGAGAUAAUCCCACAAACUGAGAAACCUUAUAGAUGUGAAACAUGUGGGAAACACUUCCGCUGGACUUCAGACCUCAUCAGGCACCGUAGAACACAUACAGGAGAGAAACCCUUCUUCUGUAGCAUUUGUGGGAAAAGUUUUAGCCAGAAGUCUGUCCUCACAACGCACCAAAGAAUCCACCUGGGAGGUAAACCCUAUUUGUGUGGGGAAUGUGGGGAGGACUUCAGUGACCACAGGCGUUAUCUGGCUCACCGGAAAACCCAUUCAUCCGAGGAGCUCUACCUCUGUAACGAGUGCGGCAAGUGUUUCAGCCACAGCACAGCAUUCGCCAAGCACCUGCGAGGACAUGCAUCUGUGCGAUCCUGCAGGUGCAAUGAGUGUGGGAAAAGCUUCAGCCGGAGAGACCACCUUGUCAGGCACCAGAGGACACACACAGGCGAGAAGCCAUACACCUGCCCCACCUGUGGGAAAAGCUUCGGGAGAGGAUACCACUUGAUCAGGCAUCAGAGGACCCACUCAGAAAAAACUCUCUUACAGGACUCGGGUGUAGAGAGAGCUGUACUCAGAAAAGACUCCCAAGUGGAGGACGGGCUGUGAGAAAAGCCACCCUCUCACCUAGAAAAGGGGCCUCUUACAGGGAAUCCCACUGGCCACCCCAGACCUUGCCUCUCCUCCCUCUGCGUUCUCGUGAAAAUCCUCUCAAUCUUCUUUGUUGCUUUGAGGGGACAUUUUUUCUUUCUCUGCUACCCAGUAGGGCUUCUCCACUGAGGGAUUCUGUUUCCACCUCUUUGGGAUAAGUUAGGAGAGUGAGAGAGAGCUAAGGAGAUGUGGUUAAGACACCUUCCCAAGAGAGGCUGUGGUGUCUCUAAAGGUAUUUUGGCUUUUUUGAGUAAAAAGUGACAUAAAUUGAGCCACAGGCUUUCUGGGUCUCUGCCUGGCAGUAGAUAACCCUGACUGAGAGACAGGAGAUGUAGGGCCCUUUGACUUGGCCACAAAUUCACUGGACAACCCUGGACAGACAGACCCCAUGUCCUUUCUGUGAUUCACUCACCACAUCUCAAAAAAGAGAACACUGUUGAUGCACUUUCCUUUGAUGGUACAGGGUGGAAUGGCAAAGAAUUCUGUUCUUACCAAACAGGCACUCAAGGCUUGUUGAUGGAGGCCCUUUAUGGCUUCUCCCUUCCCACUUGCCAAGGUUGUAGUAAACAGUGCUAAGAUGGGGCUGAGCAGAAGGUCUCCUACCAAAGAUGGGGCCUCUCUUUCUGCUCAGGCUCUCUCUCUUGCCAUUCAUUCACACUCUUAGCUUCCUUCCUGUUCCACCAGGUUCUUCUGGUUCUGUCCCAGGAAAUACUUCUAACUCAAGGUGAAGCAAGGAAAUAAGUAAGACAAUUGGAAUUUAAAUUAAAAGAUGUAAUUUCCCAUCCUUUCUCCUACCCCCUUUCUAUAUUUUUAUGGGAAUUCAAGAGUAGUAACAGUUUAGAAAGGUAUCAUGAUACUGCUGUCAUCUUGAAGAGAAUGUCAUAAUUCCGUGGGAGAGUCUACCAGGUGAAGAGCUAAGAGUGACCUCGCAAAAUCAAGAAAAAGUUAACCCAGUCCAUAAAAGUUGAAUGGGUUUCCUGCUGAUAUCUUGCUCUAUCAAUUUCUGCAUAGUAUAUUGUAUCUCAUAUCAGGAAAAGAUUUCAGGCAUUUUCCGCUUUCUUCAACUUUUCUAGCCAGCAUCUGGGAACUAAGAGAUCAUAUUAGGAGUGAUUGAUUUUAAUGCAUUUGUGAGCUUUUUUUUCCUUUUAUUUUGUGUUUAGCUCCAUUCUUGUGUCAGUGACAAAACAAUAGCAAUCUUUCAGUGCUCCCAAGAACCCUUGUUGCCUGAUGAGGGUUACCAUGGAAAUAAGGCAAGUUGCCAUGGCAACUCAGAGACCCAACUUGGUCUGUCUAAUGUGGGUGUGGUAGACAGGAGGAACUUUUUCCUAUCUUUGGAACACAAAGUCUGAGCAUGAAAGCACAAGGGGGAAGAAGGUCUUUCUAUUCAGUGCCUGACUUACUCUGUCCUACUGUGCCACCUGGUAGACUCUGUGCCCUAGCUGAUACGCGUUGGUAACGCCAGCUUCUCCAUCCAAAUGAAACACCUCUGUACCUGCUUCCCCCUUAUAAAGGAACUUCCAUUUCAUUCAUCUCCUAGGCCUCUGUUAUGUGACUCCUUGUAUUCUCUGAACUUUCUAGGACUUGUCAUUUUUCUUCUCAGCAUUGGUCUGUUUGUAGGGGUCUGGAGCAGAAGCGAUUUAAGUGUGAGCUAUCUCUAAAGAAGCUUUGAGUGAGCAAGGUACAGCUUCAUCCUUUAAGGAUCUUUCCCCAUUCACAGGAGAUACAUUCUAAAGAUCCCUGGGAAUGAAGAAAUCCUUGAAUACUGUACUGUCCCAAUAAUAAAAGUUUCUGAAGAGAUAACUGGCAAAAUUGCUCCAAAAUGGGACUGAAGGAAAUGAAAAUUUCUAAUCUGAAUCCAUAAAAUCAGAAUUUGAAAGUUGGACAGGGCCUUUAGAUAUCAUUAGCUCCAAUAUUAGCAUUUUCCAUAUGAGAUAGCUGAGUGCCCAGCCACUGUCAGACAGUGACAUAAAGCAGAGCCUAGAAUCGAGCAUUUUUAAAAAUCGUACACAAACUUCCACACAAGCAGCCACAGAGAUUGCUGCAAUAAUAGGAGUUAAGUGUCAUACUGUUGUGAUUCUGUAGCCCCUAUUUAGUGGUUGUGAUUACGGACAAGGUGGAGAGAAUUUGUUGUAUAUUGGGCCUUGGAAAAGAAAGGAUAUCAUAAGCAUUUGAGUCUUUGUUUAGUGCUAAUGAGACAAAGGUACAUCUCUGUUAAAGUACAAAUCAGGUUGUAGAAGCUUUAAAAAACUCUCAAGAUAUAGUAAACCAAAUCAAUAGGAUAUAAAGUUAUGUACAUUGGCAGUAUAAAAAAGUUUAGAGUGAAAAAUAAGAACUUGAACAAAGUUGAGGACAACAGGAAUUGAACCAUAAAAUCAGAACUACAAAAACCUCAAACAUUGUUUAAUCCAAUUAAGUACCUAACAAAGUUAUAUCUUAAGUGGGCAUCUAUCCUUUACCUGAAAACUUCCAUUGAGAGAGAACUCAUUGCGUUUCAAGAGAGUAAGAUAAGCCUAACCUCAUCCAUAUAGUAUCCCCAACAUAGUUGUGUCACCGGUUUCCUUCAGACUAAAUGUUUCCUAUUCUUUCAUUCAGUUCUUGCAUUGCACAGUCUUCUCUUAAGUAAGCAUCCUAUGUCUUCCUCUGGACAUGCUUUCAGUUUUUCAGUCAAUGUCCUUCCAAAAAUACUAUUGUAGAAAUAGGGAUACAGUACUAAAAAUGUCUUAAUCAAACAGGGCAUCACAUUCCCCCAGGGAUUAAAUCUCUGAAUAGAGGUUAAGAUUAUAUUGGGAGCACCAUAUUGUUGAGCUUUGAGUGAGCAAGGUACUGCUUUAUCUUUUAAGGGAAACUACAUUUAUAAGGAUCUCUCCCCAUUCACAGCAUCUAGAAAAGCAUAUAGUCCACUAAAAUCCCAAGUUAUUUUUCACUACAGUGUUUAAUCACACCUUCCCACAUACCUUUGAAGUUUUCAACUUAUUUUUUGGGUAAGACUCAUGUGUCCCUAUUAAAUUUUGUCCCCUUCGAGCUGGCCCAUUGCUCUACCUUGUUGACAAAUUUAUGGAUAAUAAUUCUCUAUUUCAUAGCUUUGUUCAUUGACAAAUACAAUGAGUAUGCAUCCGUGCCUUUACCUAAGUCUGAUAAAAAUGUUAAAACUACACUAAGCAUAAAUUCUCUUGAACAUUCCAAUAGAUACCUCCCUCCUAGUUGACUUCUUUGGACAUAGCUAUUCAACUAGUUCUGAAUCUACUUGGUUAUACUUUAACUCACAUACAAAUCUUAUUCAUAAGAGUAACUUAAGAAAUAUUGCCAAAUACUCUGCUGUGUUUGUAGCAUGCUGCUCAUCUACAGUCAAUAUCAAAAGAAAAAGAUGAACAUGGGAAGGCUGUUCUUGAUUGAGUUUAACGUAUGAAAGAGAUCCUAUGCCAUCUAGAUCAGUCUGCACUUGAAUAAGCAAAUUCUCUUAUAUCUAUGGCACAUGAUCAUGCACCUUUUGCUUAAAGAUCUCUAAUGGGGAAAAAAUCCACUAGCUCAGGAGGCAGCUCUUUGCAACUUUUGAAUAACUUUCAGGAAGCUUUUUCCUACAUGAAACUUAAAUCUGCCAGUCUUCAACUUCUGUGCACUUUUCCCCAUUCUGUCGUCUGGGUGAGACCCUUUAUGCCAAAUGACAACCCUUCAGGUACUUAGUACAGCAAUAUUGUCCAUUCUCCUUCCCCUAAAUCUUUUACAGAUUAAACAGUUGCAGUCUUUUCAUUUUACCAUUCUACAUAAUCUCACCAUCAGAAAUGUAGAGCUGGAAAAAAAAUUUUUAAACAAAUAUAUUUAAGAUAGUUAAGUAACUUAUGCAAGAUGAGUUCUUUAUUCUGUUCCUGCUUCUCAUAGAAUACGUUGGAAAGGGGAUAACAGGUGUAAGAGAUAUCAGGGAGGUGGAAUCAGCAAAAUAUAUAAUGACUGAUGUGUGAUGAAAAAAGAGUCAAAGAUAACCCCAAGGUUGUGACUGGAAGAAUGAUGGUAACAUUAAAAGAAAUUGUCAGGAGAAAGGAUUUUGGCAGUGCAUGGGAAAGGAGUGGUUCCAUUUUUUUUUUUUUUAAAUUUAAGUGCCUACUAUGAACCCUAGAGAUGACAAAAAGUUAAAAGUACAAUCAUUGCCACAAGAGCUUGUGGACUAGUAAAGGGAUGUGGCUCAUGUAUAAAAUUCUGUAGUGCAUAGUAAGUGCAGGAAGUUGAGAGCUCUCCCCUCUAAUGGCCUUAGUUUUCUCACUGAAGUUGGAGGAUAAGUAGUGUACUAGAAACCUAAGUUUAAAGCACAUGGCAUGAGGUUUGCUGUGAGGCAUGUAAUAACUGUCAAACAGUUGUGAGGAGCUACCUAAGAUGAUGCACCAUAAAUUUGUAAUGAAUGAAAUAUAUUCACUUUCUUCACUGACAGUCAAAACCCCUAGUGAAGAAAUGGAGAAAUCAGAUUUCAGAAGUUACCCAGAAAUAAUAAACACUGUUAGCAAGUUGAAAAGAGCAGAAAAUUAAAGGAACAAAGAAAUUCAUGUAGUAGCUAAUAAAUUGGUGGCAGACUAGUAUAAAGACUAUAUAGAAGCGAAUGAAGCUGGAUUGGGAGGGGAAUAUAAAAGAGAGAUUUGAUAGUUACAAUAUGAGUCACAAGGAUGAAGAAUAGUUUUAAUGUGAGUGGGAGAGAUGGAAAGGUGGGUAGUAACAGAAAUAGGAUUUCAGAAUCUCAAAAGUACAAUUCUAGAUGAUGAAUGAUGAAAUUAAAAGUUUGAUUAAGUUGUAUGUGACAGAAGAGGGGUCUGAAAUCAAAGGUUUGGGAAAUUGUAUAGUUAAGAUGAUGGAAGGGCUGUCAGAAUGAGUACUUAAAAUCUGCAGAUGUUGACAGGGGAUGAGGAAGGACUGAAGGCUAUGAAUCACAGAGAGUUGGAAGGGACUUCUGCAAUUAUAUUUCAAGCAUAAAUGCAAAAGAAAUCCCCGGUAUAACAGAAUUGUCAAGUGGUCAUCCAGUCUAUUUAAAGAAUAUCCUACCCACCCCCAUCCCUAUAUGAUUGGGAAUCACUUUGCUGUCAUAACGGCUGAUUUCACCAUGGGACAGUUCUGAUUGGUGUAAGUUUUCCUGACUUCAACUUAAAGUUCAUUCUUGGCAACUUCCACCCCUUUUUCUUUAUUCUGUCUUCUAGGAGCAAAGUGAAGAAGUCAUAUUCUCCCUUAUGACUUUUCAGAUACUUGAAGACUUAUCAUACACCCCAAAGGCUUCUUCUGCAAGCUAAAUAUUCCCGUUUCCUUCAACUAAUCUUCAGGAUAGCACCUUCUGGUUGCCCAUGGGGAUGCUUAUCAGCAUCCACGGUUUUUAACUGGCAUCCAGAAAAGAGCACAGUGUUCUCAAUGAGGUCAGAUAAAGGCAGAGUUCUAAGGAACUUGAUCACCUCCUUCUACCUAGAAACUGCCUCUUAAUAUGGUUCAAAAUGGCAUUGGCUUUUUUGACUGUCACAUUACAUUGCUGAUGCAUAGUGAGUUUGCAGUCUAUCGAAACCCCAAUAUAUCUUUCAAACUACUACUCAACCAUACUUCCAUUACUCAGUUUUUGUGGCUAUUUUUAAAGUCCAAAUGCAAGACAUCACACUUCUCCCUAUUGAAUUUUAUUUUAUUAGAUUGAAUCCAAAUCAAUGUAUCAAUAUCUUUUGGGAUCUUGAUUCUAUCAUCUCCCUUUUCCCCCUACAGCUUUAUGAGUACUCUUUAUGAGUACUUUUAUAAAUGGGAUACUCCACUUGAGGCUUCAUGAACAUUGAAACAUUAAUAACUCCUCUUUUAAUCCACAUUUAAAUAUAUCAUCUAAGCCACCUCUUUCCAUCUAUGUAAAAAUGCUUAUAAUUUAUAUAUCUAGGAUUCCCCUCAACCACAGGUUGUCACUUUGUCAAAAUAAAAUUUUAAAAAAGGAAA